AUGAAAGUAACUACUGUGAUUUUUAUUGCAUCUUUGCUUAUUAUAAACGAUUUAGUUUGGGCAGAAGAGUCUGAAAGUGAAGAAGAAAGCGAAGAUGCAACAGAUGACUCGAGUAGUAACCAGAAAGAAGACGACGAAGAAAGUUCGCCUCAGAAAUUUAAUAAUCCCGAGGAGGAAACAGAAAAUUCUAAACCAGAGUCACAUAAUCCAGAAAAACAAGUAGACAUCUUUUCUUAUCACCCACCAGGUGUUUCUAAUGUACAAAAUAGAAUAUCUGCGACAGUUCCACAUUUUCAUCCUAUUCAUAGUCCUAGAAAAGGUGAUGAUAGUUUUUCGUUUCAUAAACUUAAUGGGCCUCUCAGUAAAAACGUUCAACCAUAUUUGGUACCCAAUUCAAAUCAGUUACAAGCAGGUUCUCAGAGCAUAGAUUACAGGGGCCAACCUGACUACUCCUUUGCGUAUGGAGUUCACGAUGAUUUAUCGAAAAAUUCCCAUACACACAUGGAGUCAAGAGAUGGUAAUGAUCUACACGGAGAAUACCGAGUUUUACAACCGGAUGGGCUUGUUCGAAUUGUGCGGUAUGCAGAAGAUCCAAAAACAGGGUUUAAAAUGACUGUUACCUACUCUAAAUUAUAA